GUGUUUUUUAUAUGUAAUUUACCCCGCUCGAAUCAAGGUCGUUCGUGACCAGCGGCCAUGAUAGAUUUUUUUCAGUUUUCUGUUCCCUCCUCCAUCCCCGAUGAUGAUUAUCUAAAAAGUCCUGUGUGUGUGUGUUGAAUAGUUAAUGUCGUAGUGGUGCUGCUGCCAAGAGAUGACUAGGAGAAAGUUGAGAGAGGGAAUUCUUUCACCAGUUUUUCAACCACUAACCUGGUGACCUACCUGCACCCGAGACCCACUCUUGAACCGGCUCUUGUCUAUUUUCUUUCUUCCCCAAAAAAGUAUCUUAUUAUUUUUAUCUGUCGAGAGAGACUUGCGCCACAUUGGCCGAUAAGAAAAACUGUGAAACGGCCAGUCGAUGGAUAUUUUUUCGUGUGUCCUGUCUUGUCCACGUGAUUGAGGGAAAACUUCCGGGCACGAGGUGCACGUGUGUGUGUGUGCAAAGGGAAGCCAUUGCGACACUUUCGCGUGCCGAUCAUCUUUUCUUCUUCUUCUUCUUGUUGUUUCGUUUGGGAACGUUGAUUCAAUUAAGUCAACUUUCUACUAGCUGUAGGGAGAGAAAAAGAGAAAAUGUUGGACAAAGGGAAAAUGAGGAAGGGAGGCCUACUGACCUACUUGUUGCUCUCUCGUCCACUCCGCCCUCUUUCUCUUGGAGAUGGCAGAGAGGGGGGAAGGAGUCGCGCAAUUUUCACCUCGAUACUUUCUAACUGGGAAAAAUAGAAUUGGACGGACGUUGGAGCUCUUUCCAUUCUUCAGUCGCCUUCCAGCUUCCGUGCUGGACGUGUCGUGCAUCUUUUUUUCUCUCAUUGGAUAACUCCAAAUCUCUACCAACAACCAACACGAAAUGCCUUCAACUUUGUCCCGUAGUUAUUCGGUGCCAGUGAGCUUUGUUCCGACACAGCCGACACGUUUGAAGGAUGUUGCGGCGUCGACCAUGAAUCAUCAGAUUGACCCGAAAGCGGUGGGUGCUCACAGGCCGUUGAGUCGUCGCCGUUCUAAUCCUCCGGGCAGCCCAGAUUCGGACGAGGGCAGCCUCUUUGGAGCUGAUUCGCUAUCGUCGUUAUCAUCUCUGCUGACGAAUCAAUUGCAGCAACACAAUAAUCAUUCAACUUUGAUGAUGCAAUUGCAUCGAAGCGGUCACCGCAAACUGGACAGGAGCCACAGCGAGCCGGUGGUGGAUCGAUCUGCCCAAUUGGCCCAGCAGCAACAGCAAAUCAAUCAGCAGCAGCAAUCCAAUUCCAGCCGCUACAAGACGGAGCUGUGCCGACCUUACGAAGAGAAUGGAACCUGCAAAUAUGGCGACAAAUGCCAAUUUGCUCACGGAUUUCACGAGCUUCGCAGUCUCAUCCGUCACCCCAAAUACAAGACGGAAUUGUGCCGCACUUUCCACACCAUCGGCUUUUGCCCCUACGGCCCACGUUGCCAUUUCGUCCACAAUGCCGAAGAGGCUCGCAACAAUUCGCCACCACCACCGGCAACCACCAAGAACAACAACAACAAUCAACACGCUCAUCGUGGUAAAUUCACUCUUCCGGCCGGAGUGGUUGGAAUGGGUGGCAAUGGAUCGACGGCUGAUUCUCCGUCUCCUCCGUCGUCAUUGAGCGAGUCUCCGACCUCAAUGAGCACUUUCUUCUCGGAUGACAUGUAUCCGGGCAACCCGUUUUCACCAAUGGGACCCUCUUCAUCUUCAUCUUCGUCUGGAUUGGGCAACGCGUCCGCCUUCCUGUUUGGAUCGACCGAUUUCGGUUUGCCGCUCUUUUCCUCUGGAAAGGCCAACAGUUAUUCGUCUGCCUUCAACAAUAACAACAACAAUAGCAGCACCAACAACAACAAUUUGAAGCGUUCGGUGACUUCGACUGGCAAGAAUUUCAUUCCGGAAUUGGACUCGCCUUCACCGGUGGGCUCUUUGGCUUCCGACUUGGAUUCGCUGAGUCUGGGCAGCACGAGCUGCAGCAGCAGCAGCAAUGGCGGCACUAGCCCUCCACCAUCCAUCUCCAGCCCCAUGGAUACUUCACGCGCUCUCCGGCUCCCCAUUUUCAGCCGCAUCUCCGAGACUUUGAACGAAGAUUAAGAAAAUCUAAAUUGCAAAAAAAGGGGGGAUUAUUUCUACAACAACAACAACAACAUACCACAUGCUAUUUACUAAUCAACUUUGAGGUAUUUACACUAAAAAAAAGCAAAAAAGCAAAAAAAAAACCAAUCCGGAAGUGUGUGGGUGUGCGCGUAAGAGAGAAGAGUGUGUGGCUUUAUAUAUUUCGACGCCACUGUGAUAGAAAAUGAUUCAAAUUUUUUUUUGUUUCUUUUUUUGAGAAAAAAAAUCAGACCAAAACAUGCAAAAGAUUUUUGACUUUCCCUCCCCCACCCAAAUGUAUUUUUUUUUUCAUUUUUCAAGGGCCUGUGUCGUAAGUUAUAAAUGUUUUUGACCAAGAAGAAACAUGUUGUCCUUCUCCCAACCGCCCCCCACACCAACCCCGGACCAAAAAGCGAAUGUGUAAUCCCCCUCCAAAACCGUCGUCGUAGUAGGUGUUAUGUUAUUUAUGCAGUUUAUUUAUAAUAUGAGGUAUUUUCUUUUUUUUUUCUACACUUUCAUUAUUUCUCUUUAAUUCUUAUUCAUUUAGUCAGGGAGCGUAAGUUAAUAAUUAACGGGACUUUUUUUUUCUUUUUUUUUUAUUUCAAUUAUUUUCUCUUUUUUUCCAAAAUAUUCACACCCCAUUGGUUUUUCUUCCAUCGAUCUGCUCUUGUCUUCUUUUUUAUAUAUUGAAAAAUAAUAAGGUUUUGACAACCCCAUUUUAUUAUUUUGGACUGACGUGUUUUUCAUCGUCGACAAUAUUUUUUUUUUGGUUUUCUCUCCCUUCAUUUUUAUCAUCUCCUCUUUAAUAUAUGAAAUGAUUAAUCGGAGAAAAAAUGCCUAAUGUGUGUGUGUGCAUGUAUGUGUGUACGAUUGUUUCCAUGGAAACGGACCACUCGAAAAUGUGUUUUUUUCAUCUAAUUUUUUAAUUCAAUCAUUUUUUUUUGCAUGUCUCGCGUUUAACGAUACGGCUCGAUGAAUUUAUUUUUCUCUUCAAAACAGCAGCAACAACAAAAAUAAUUAAAAAAAAAAUACAAGGGUUUAUAAUA